AUGACGUCACCGACUGACCCACUUGACCAUUUUGACGUUGGAGGCUCCGCCGCAGCGCUCAGUCGACGACGAGAUAUCUGCGAAAUUUGGAAAAAUAAAAACACCGAACGGACCACGGCGAACCUUCGGGAAGGACAUACGAAAAAAAAAAAACAAGCUCGUUCCUGAACCGCCCUCCGCAACAUGUCCCAGGACAAGAGUGGCUACCCGGCGAUGGGGGAGUCCAACCCGCUCCACAACAACGUCUACGGACCCCCGCAGCCGGGCUUCGGCAUGCCGCCGCCCAACUACAGCCAGGCCCCCGGGGGGCCGUACCCGCCGGCCGCCGGCUACGGCCAGCCGGGCUUUCCUCAGGCCGGCUUCGGCCCGGCCCCCUACCCGCAGAUGCCUUACCCCCAGAUGCCCUACCCGCAGGGGCCCUACCCCCAAGGGCCCUACCAGCAAGGACCCGGUCAGCCAGGCUUUCCAGGAGACCCCUCUGCGCCCGGCGGCAGCCCCGGUUACCAUGGCGACGUGCCUCCGACAUACUACGACAACGAGGAUUUCACCAACUCGGGCUUUGAGGACAAGAGCAUCCGACAGGCCUUCAUCAGAAAAGUUUUCAUGGUCCUCACCGUUCAGCUGCUGGUCACCUUCUCCUUCGUCGCCGUGUUCACCUUCGUGGACGAAGCCAAGGUGUUUGUGGGCCAGAACCCGUGGACGUACUACAUCUCCUACGUGGUCUUCCUGGUGUCCCUCAUCGUGCUCAGCUGCUGCGGCGAGUUCCGCCGCAAGCACCCCUGGAACCUGGUGGCGCUGUCCAUCCUGACCCUCAGCCUUUCCUACAUGGUGGGCAUGAUCGCCAGCUUCUACGACACGGACGCCGUCAUCAUGGCCGUGGGCAUCACCGCUGUGGUUUGCUUCACCGUGGUCCUCUUCUCGCUACAGAGCAAGUACGACUUCACUUCCUGCCAAGGCGUGCUGUUCGUGUGCCUGAUCGUCCUCCUCCUCUUCGGGAUCCUCUGCAUGUUCAUCCGCCACAAGAUCCUGCACAUCGUCUACGCCUCGCUGGGUGCCCUCUUGUUCACUUGCUUCUUGGCCGUGGACACCCAGCUGCUCCUGGGCAACAAGAAGCUGUCCCUGAGCCCCGAGGAGUACGUCUUCGCCGCUCUCAACCUCUACACGGACAUCAUCAACAUUUUCCUCUACAUCUUGGCCAUUGUGGGUCGCUCCCGCGAUUGAGCCGGGAGGACGAACGUGGGCCCUUUUUUUGUUGUUGUUGUUGUUGUCGUCGUCUCUUUCCCUCCCCUCCCUCCAUUCUGCUAUUUAAACUAACAACCUUUUUUUUUUUUUUUUUUCUUUUUCCCCACCAGUGUCGCCCUAAUCGUUUGGUGUCUCUCGCUUCUAACACCCCCCCGCCCGCCCCCCACCCGCGCUUCUACUAACACAAAUUAGUCGCCCACACCCGUCGGGUCGUUUAUCCCCCGUGCCCGUUAGGAACGCAGAACCGGAACAAAUCCCUCCCCUCGUGACUGCAUGGCAACCCCACAAAGUUUCCAUUUCUCUAGGUACUCGUGUAUAAUUGCAAUUUCUCGUUAGUGCCAGCUUUAAAUGGUGUACCACUAGUACUCGAACGCCACUCGACGCUCAUUUGGGGAUGUGUUGCUUUUGGGCAGGGGUGUCCAAAACGUGAAUCCCGCGUCGGCCAUUUUUUGAAGAUUUCACGAGUCUUUGGUUUGACAAAGAUGUUAAAACAAAUGAAUUGUAGAAACAAUGUCAUUACGUCGUUACGAUAAAAGAUUGAGUACCGCCCUUGAUGUUAAAACUCACCGUUUGGUACAAGAGAAAAAUAUGCGGGAAAGAGGCGGCACGGUGGCUCAGCUGGAAAGUUUUGGCCUCACAGUUCUGAGGUCCCAGGUUCGAUUCCGGACUCGCUCGUGUGGAGUUUGCAUGUUCUCCCCGUGCCUGUGUGGGUUUUCUCCGGGUGGGCACUCCGGUUUCCUCCCACAUCCCAAAAACACGCAACAUUAAUUUGACACUCUAAAUUGCCCCGAGGUGUGAUGGGUUGUCUGUCUCCGUGUGGCCUGCGACCGACUGGCGACCAGUUCAGGGUGUAACCCCGCCUCCUGCCCGUUGGCAGCUGGGUUAGGCUCCGGCACUCCCCGCGACCCUUGUGAGGAUAAGCGGCUAAGAAAAGGGAUGGAUGGAGUUUCUAGCGAAAAGAAAAACGGAAAUUGUUUGCAGUAACAUUUCCAUGAAAUUAUUUUUGGAAAAAAAAAAAAGUAUAAUUUAGGGCGGCACGGUGGAUCAACUGGUAAAGCUUCAGCCUCACAGUUCUGAGGUCCCAGGUUUAAUUCUGGACCCGCCAAUGUGGCGUUUGCAUAUUCUCCCUGUGCCUGCGUGGGUCUUCUCCGGGCGCUCCGGUUUCCUCUCACAUCCCACAUAAGGCUCAAAUUCGCAUGGCAAGCAAGUAGCUGAGCUUACCAACAAAUUGACGCCACUACUCCGUCAUGGGGUAUUAAUAACAUUUCAUCUUUUUCUCAUGGAGGGACAAACUUCCUCUCUUGUAAGCCUUCGUUUGCGUUUGCUCUGGCUGUUUUUAAAUGGCCCCAGAGCCGGACUGAGGACACCCCUGCUCGGACUUUUCCAGUGCGGCAACUCAACUUUUCAAGGCACAAAAAUGAUGUUGCGACGAACGAGCUUUCUUCAUAGUUAAUUUUUCCCCUCCUUUCUCCCCUUGCUUAGUCAUUGGUGUGAAAUUAGUGUUUUUUUUUUCUUUUCAGUGCUGUAUUUUUUCACGUUUUCAUUAGUUUUGGCAAUGCUACUCCCCAUUUGAAGUUUUUUCUUUUUUUUUUUUUUUAGGGAGGGGAAUGACUAUUAAUGAAGUUAUUUGAAUGCUUGAUUCACACAUGCAGUGAAGGCAAAUGCAUGAUAACUUAUUUAUUUAUUGAGCUUCAUGUAGAUUACUCUUGAGUAAUUGACACAGAACUGGAAAUAAACACUGGUGACAGUCACGUGCCGUCAAGACAAAUGCAUGGUAACUUAUUUGAGUUUCAUCUAUGUGACACUUGGACUGGGAAUUAUUAAACACAGGUUUGCAAAAAUGACACUGAAGGUACCACCGCAAUUGGUCCGCAUCAGUAUUUUAAUUAUCUUUUAUUUGUCCUCUCGUGCAUGGCCUGUCGCACGUCCAUUGUCGGCACAUAGUACAUUUUUGAAUUGGAAGAUUUUUUUUUUUUUUUUGGCAAAUAUGUUUGUAUCUAAUGCAAAGUGUAAGUGUACAUAGAAGUGCUUUGAUGUGUAUAGGCCUGAUACUCGUUUGGACUGUACAUAAUGCAUUCAAUUUGAGUGGAAAUGCAUUCCUCCUAACACUGUUGGCUUUACAUUAAAAAAUAUAC